AUGCCUCCAGUUUCACGACGGGCUAGAUCCAGCUUGAAGGGCAAAGGGAAACAAAAAUUGGACUCCAAGUUGCCUUACAGUGUCCCGGUCCCGAAUUCUGGAACGUCCCUUGGUAGAUCGACUCGUCAGGAGUGGAUUUGGCAGGAGAAACUAAACUAUUUUCGUUCACUGCCACCUGUCCUAUGUCCCGCUUCUCCGCCUCCUCUUUUCUCGGCCUUGGACACUGUAGAAGAAGCUAGGCGUCGGUCUCGAGAGCGCAUCGAACGAAUGACACGACGUCUUGAAAACCUACCCCUCUAUCAAGCUCGUAAUCUCAUCCAUCUCGUUUCUACCGAGCUCAAGGGCCCAUUCAGCCCAGGUUGUAAAUACUGGGGCGCACAUAUACCCAAGGCCAAACCGAUCUCGGAAAAACAGUUGAUGGUUAUAGCGACACCUAUAGAAGCACCUUCUCCAUACGCUGCUCCUCGACCGAUUGGUGCGCUUCAGGUUGACGUCGGACGUUCCAUGCGCCCAAGUACUCCAAAUAUUACUGGUCCUUCCUCCACAGUCAUCACGGGACUACCGACCCCUUUCACCCCUCCCUCGGCUACCAUAGCCCCCAUUGAAUUACUUCCAUCGAAAGCAAGCGCUGGACGUCCCAUAGUCCCGAUAGACUAUGAUCCCCCGUCCCCGGCUCGUUCACCUACACCAACGCCCUCAUUGCCGCCCUCUCGGAUGGGUUCACAACGGCCCUCAGCAACUCCAGUUCCGGCGUCACAACGCGCAUUCUUGUCUAAUCUCGCACAGGCCUCUCGAGCGUCAAGUGUUCUUAGUCGGCGAACUCGACCGCGACCUUCCCGUGGGCUCAAAAUUAUGUCUUCAACUAACCAGCAAGCCCUGGACCGGGCGCUGAGUCAGUACCGGCCCGAGUCCCGGGAUCAGAGCCCACUGUCACGAUUUAGCUAG